AUGGGAUUCCCAACACCACCUUUAUCUUUAUUAGAAGUUCUUAGGCGAAGCACGGCUGGCAAGGGCACCCGAAGGCAAGCACUGUCCUACAACUCCCGUCGGAAGGCCCCGCUGCAAAUUCCACCCUGCACCACCCCGAGCUUAACAAACCUCUCCCGGAGGAGAGGAAGCUUCCUCAGGUCUUGCAGAAGAUUUCCGUUUCUUGAAGUUGGACUCCGCUUGGUCGGGAAGCUGAGUCACCGUCUACUUCCUUUUCCCGAUCCGGCCUGCACGCCCGCGCGUCCGCGCACAAGUCACCGCUCCUCCGCGCCCGCCCGCCUGCACGCGCGCACUCAUUCCGCGCCCUCCCGCCCGCAGUCCCGCACGUCCGCGCUCACGCCAGCGCGCACUCCGCGCUCGCCCGCCUGCACGCGCCCGCGCUCCCUUCGCGUCCUCCCGCCUGCACGCCCGCGCACACGCCCGCGCUCACUGCGCGCCCUCACUCCCGCGCCUGUUCGCGCCCCCGCGCGCCCGCGCGCGCUCCGCAGCCGGGGCUACAGUUCCAGAGCUGAAAGCCCGAGGGUACUGCCGCCUCCCAGGACGGUCCGCAACCACCAUGAGGUGAGGGUUUUCUCCGUUUCCGCUCCCAAACUCAGCGUAGGUCUUGGACUCCACUCCGUGGCCCGUGCAGCGCCGCGGCCCUUCCAGGGGCUGAGCCCCCGGCGCCCCGCAGCGGGCGUCGGGUUUAGGGCGCCCCCGCGAGCCCCGUCCCCUCCCGCGCUGCCCUCGGCGCGCCCUCCCUUCCUGUCCCGGGACUGGGGCUGCCAGUCGGCUGGGUCGGACGCGGCUCGUCACCGGGUCCCUUUGAGAGGUCACUGCCAUGGCCACAUUCCUAUUACCCGAGGCGGCCUUCCUGAGCCUCCCUGGGCUGGGCUGGGCGGCUGGUGUAAACCUCCUGAGCAGAAGCAGAUGCGCUUUUCACUCUGUGGAGGGGUAGGGGGCUGUGAAAUUUCUAAGGACCCCCUGAAGGCCAUUCUGUUGGAGUUGGAAUGUCACUUUACAUGGAAUUUGCUUAAGGAAGACAUUCUGUUUGAUGUGGAUGAUACAAUUGAGCAGCAGCUGGAGUUUCUCACCACAGAACCCAGACUCACUCUUUACAACCAAUUGGCCUACGUGAAACACCUAAAAGGGCAAAAUAAAGAUGCUCUGGCAUACUUGGAACAAGCAGAAGACAUGAUCCAGAGAGAACACCAGGACAAAGAAGAAAUACGGUGUCUGGUCACUUGGGGAAACUAUGCCUGGGUGUAUUAUCACAUGGACCAGUUAAAGGAGGCUCAGAGGCAUUUAGACAAGAUAGGGGCCGUCUGCAAGAAACUGUCCAGUCCUUCUGACUACAAGUUGGAGAGUCCUGAGAUUGAAUGUGAAAAAGGGUGGGCAUUCUUGAAAUUUGGAGGAAAGUAUUACCAGAAGGCUAAAGUGGCUUUUGAGAAGGCUCUGGAAGCGCAGCCUGACAAUCCAGAAUUCAGCAUUGGUUAUGCCAUCACAGUGUAUCGGCUGGAUGACUGUGACAGAGAAGGGCCUACAAGGAGCUUGUCUCUGGGCCCGCUGAGGAAGGCUGUCACCCUGAACCCUGAUAAUGCCUACAUUAAGGUUUUACUGGCACUGAAGCUUCAAGAUGUACAUGCCGAAGCUGAAGGGGAAAGGUAUAUUGAAGAAAUCCUGAACCAGAUAUCCUCCCAACCUUACAUCCUUCGUUAUGCAGCCAAAUUCUACAGGAGAAAAAAAUCCUGGGACAAAGCUCUUGGACUUUUGCAAAAGGGCUUGAAGGUGACGCCUAGGUCCUCGUUCCUACAUCACCAGAUGGGACUCUGCUAUAGGGGACAAAUGAUCCAGAUCAAGAAGGGCAUGUGCAACAGGCCUAAAGAGGAGGAUAAACUGAGAGUAGAUAGGCUUAUUGCAAUGGCUUUGUCUCACUUCAAAGCAGCUGUGGAACGAGACUCCACGUUUGUGUUUGCCUACACGGACCUGGCCAACAUGUAUGCUGAGGGAGGCCAGUGUAGCGAUGCUGAAGAGGUUUUCCAGAGAGUCCUUCAUCGGGAGAACAUAACUGAUGAUCACAGACAUCAGAUCCACUAUUAUUAUGGCCGCUUUCAGGAGUUUCACUGUAAAUCAGAAAGUACUGCCAUCCACCAUUAUUUAGAGGCCUUGAAAGUUAGAGACCGGUCAUCGCUCCGUACCAAACUAACAAGUGCUCUGAAGAGACUGGCUGUCAAGAGACUCAGUCAGGAUGCUUCAGACGUGCAGAGUUUACAUGCCCUGGGGUUUGUUUACAAGCUAGAGGGAGAAAAGAGGCAAGCUGCUGAGUACUACGCUCAGGCCCAGAGGAUGGAUCCAGAAAAUGCAGAGUCCCUUGCUGCUCUCUGUGAGCUUCAACUUUCUAUUUAA